AUGGCUCUACAGAGUGUCUGUGGUUGGGAUCAACUGAUUUCAAGGCAAACUCUUCCACAAGAUCUAUGCCCUUUCCUCACUUCUCCCUUUUUCCCCAGUUUACUCCUGCCUCAUCAAGCAUGGUCAUCUCGGCGCCACCCAUCAAAGCCACCACCUCAGCCCCAUGGCACAACAACAUUGGCAUUUCUUUAUGAGGGAGGGGUGGUGGCUGCUACAGAUACUCGAUCUUCUGCCAAUAAGUUGGUUUGUAGCCCAGAUAGCCGCAAAGCUAAGCUCAUCCACAGCCACUUGCUAGCCUCCACCUCAGGAAGUGCCGCAGACUGUCAGUUCUUUGGUCGAGUUCUGUCCAGAGAGUGCCGCCUCUACCAAUUGAGAAAUGGGCACAUGCCCAGUGUGCGAGGAGCAGCCAGAUUACUGAGCUUUUUGAUGCUGCCAUUUCGAGGCACUGAUAUUUGUGCUGCCUUUACCCUGUCUGGCUGGGACCGUAGUGGACCCUCCAUCUGCUAUGUGUACAAUGAUGGGACUCGCCUCAGCUCUGAUAUCAUCUCUGUGGGAUCAGGAUCCCCAUAUGCAUACAGUGUGGUGGAUGAAGGCUAUAGGCAAGGAAUGCAGGAGGAGGAUGCACGACGCCUGGCAAGGAGGGCGGUAUGCCAUGCUGGCAGGAGAGAUGCCUACUCUGGAGGGCUUGUGGAUGUGUAUUGGAUAAGAGAGGGUGGUUGUGAGAGGGACCCCAGGGAAGAUCUUGGAGUAUUGUAUGAGAGACUAAUGCAAGAGGAGAAAGAAGAAGGGGCAGAAAGGAAGAAUGAAUGA